AGCUGCACAAAACCUCGUCCCGCGUGAUCGAACAAAGAUUCCAAUGUCAUAUUCGUGGUUAAAACCCCUUUAUACAAUUUAAAAACUUUGCUUGUGGGCGUCGAUGAAGUUCGUAGUCGGUUUUGGCAUUUUGCAGUACAUAAACUAAGUUGCAAUAAUUCACCAGGAACCGAAUGGCAGGACUCUAAGGGUUGUCCUAACUUUUAUGAUAGGCCUACCUCUCAGAGGAAGGAUACCAAGUUACGUCACCUACGCCUACAUCUAUCUUGAAUGUGCUUGAAUGUGGAAGAUAAGGUGCAAUCGAGUCAUCAUGGAUGGUAAUAUUAUGCACCGGCAUGAAGGAAAUUGAGAUUGUUUCAUCGUUGAUAUUGGAACACACUGUUAAAGUUUCCUGAUGUCACCAUGCCUGUAUCUCUAAGUGUCUGGCGUGUUAGGAUCGGCACGUAUCUUAGGAGGUAUCGUCAUGAUCCACAGAAAGAAACUGAACAAUCAAAAGAAAAUGACAAUAGACAGAAUCAAUCUUCCAAUGUUUCCUCAAGAGGUGAAAAUAGCAAAAAUGCCAGUGCGUCCUGUCAACAACAUCCGUCUUCGGAUAAUGUAGAAAUGAAAACCGUCAAAAAUGAAUUCCCAUGUAACAUCAACAGUAACACGGUUGAUGUGUGUUCUCAGACUAUGUCGACUUCAGCCAUUCCUGGUUAUGACACCGCCAAUGGAUCUCCAUGUAAUAUAAUAAGCAUCCGUAAUAUCACUCAACAAGCUCAGCAAGGAUCUUUGAAGUGUGCUGAUGACCAUACGUUUUCAACUUGUUCAACAGAGCCGACAGGGAAGGAAUCCAUUCCUGCCUCUGAUCCUACUGACAUCAAGGCUCCAGAGCCUUGUGACCUAGACGAGUUGGACAUGAGAUAUAUAACCAUUAACGGCGUAUCAUCUCCUAGCCUAUGCGAUUUGCUUCAAAUACGUGAACCAGACCAACAUGAUGGCACAUCGGAGUCAUACUCACAGGUAGCUAGUUCUCAGGACGAGGGCAAACAUGGCGAGAAAGAUAUUACGUCAAUACCUUUACGGUCGGGGAUACAUGGUCUAUCGUCGCGUUGUACUGAUCUGGAUACAUCUAGCAACGCUCAGCACAUAUCGUGUACGGGGGAGAUCGCAGAGUUUCAUAGAACACCAAUCUCUCCCGUGAGUAGGUCAUGUUCAUCAAGUGGAGACGCAGAUAAAGUACAAAGGAAUCUUUUCUGUUCUAGUAUGACUAACGUGCUCCUCCUGAGGUCCGGUGACGUGGAGCAAAAUCCUGGUCCAAAUACCGACCCUGGCAAUCUAACUGAGUUCGAACUCCAUCUCCUUGCUGACGGUAUGGAUCCAUCAGACUUCAGGAAGGUUGGACUAGCUCUAGAAUUCACUGAGGCUCAACUAAGUCGGUUUGAGAGAGAUAGCAUUGGCAACAUAAUGCAAGCUACCUAUAAGAUGCUGUGUGAAUGGCUGAAGACAGUCCCACAAGUUGAAGCGAGGGAGAUACUGUCCAACAAGUUAAAAAACAUCAAUCUUGUACAGUUGGCCGACAGUGUACAGAAAGGUAAGGCCGGAGAUCACAUACCAUCAAUGACGGAAGAUGAAUUCCAACGGGUCAUCAUAGAGGUCAAGAAAUAUUCUGCCAUUCACCACUGUCAAAUUCAAGCCGAUCCACUGAACAGCGACCUUCUACUUAAAUUUAAUCGGAUUUUCACAAAUCUGACUUUGAUGGAAGAAGAUAAGGGAACAAAGCAUAAGACACCGUUACUCUACAAAGACCUACUCAAGACCAAGGUAAACGGGGUCUUUCCUCAACGGCUGCUGGUUGAAGGUGAAGGUGGUGUAGGGAAGACAACUCUCUGUGCAAAAAUCGUUUGGGACUGGAUUCAUGGAGCAAGUUACCAAGAUUUCAAACUUGUACUUCUCGUCCUCCUUCGUGAAGUUAAGGAUAAGACAAUUGGAGAGAUCAUAAAGUCCUACCUCCCAGAUGACAAUAAGGUUACAGCCAUGCAGCUAAACAUGUAUGUCUUUUCCCAUCAGAAAGACAUCCUUCUCGCUCUGGACGGUUUUGAUGAGUUUGCUGGCGAUCUGGAUAGCUAUUACCAAAUCGCCCUAAUCAUCCUGAAUCGGCUUUUCAAGUCAGGGAAAGUACUAAUUACAUCAAGACGAUGGAGAUCAGAUGAGAUACGGAAAAUUACAGAGCUUAGAAAGCUGUAUGCUUUCAUUGCCGUGGAAGGUUUCUCUGAUGAGAAUCUCUCUUCCUACGUCACCAAGUUCUUCCAUCCUGACACAAUUUCGGCUGAAGAUUUGAAUCGAUUUAUAUCAAAUAACGAUGUGAUCAGAGAGAACAUGGCUCCAUACCCCAUAUACACAGCUAUGAUGUGUAUCAUGUGGAAAGAAUUCGAUGGAGCUCGUCGCAUAGCAAUGUCGAAAUUACAAACAUUUUCUCAGCUCAUUAACGAGAUGGUCCAAUUCUUGGUCGAUCAUUAUCUCUCAAAGCUCGGUCUGUCCGCAAGAGACGAGGAAUGGCAUGUACAGCGUGCAGAAAUACUUCUCAAUCUAUCCCACAUCGGUGGUCUUGCGUUCCAGGGGCUCAAGGAAAGGCGAUUGGUGUUCACUGAACAAGAGUUCAAGAGCUGGCCCGGGUGUGUCACAAUAGGUUGUCAAGUUGGAGUACUCACUAAACAAGCACCGAUCCUUCAGAGGAGAAGCAGAAUGUGUCACGCACAUUCUGCAGACUCAUCUGUGCAGUUUCCCCAUAAGCUGUUUCAGGAGUAUCUAUCAGGAAUGUAUCUUGCAUCUCUUCACAACUCAAACAAAAGCAAAUACCAUAGGUCGAUGAAGGAUAUAAUCGAAAAAUCAAGUGAAUUCCGUGAGCUUCUGUACUUCACCUCGGCUCAACAGAAGGAGGUUGGAUUGGAUAUCAUAACUCGUCUCAAAGCAUCAACGUCAACACGAUCAAUUAGAUAUGGAGAUAACGAUGAUGACUUCAUCGUUGAUGUAGCAUAUGAGAGUCAAGACCAAACAGUGUCCAAAACUGUGGCAAAUCAUUUAUCGACUUCAUCCAGCAACACACUUGAGAUCAGGGGUGAGAUGCAGGGACACACGGUUUCAGGACAUAUCUUCAUCAUGAAUUAUCGUAAAGUGGAGAAACUGGUCAUUGGAAAGCCAUGUGGACGGACUGCUUCAGAGGACCUGGCUGAAUUCAUGUGCUCCUCAAACACCCUGAGCUCUGUGACGAUCCGUAUGCCUGACUACCCACAUGACCUAGAGGAUGCACACAUGCAUGAUGUGUUCUACUCUGUGCUUGCUCGGAACGCCACUGAUACAAAGGUACGUUUAACAAUGAUUUUUUUUUCCAUAUAACAAAUUCGUAUAAUAUAUAAAUGUAAAUUAAAGUCAUUUUUGUAAUUAAUAUGUUUUGGUAAUAUAUAAUUAUACAUCAUGACCAGGAAUGGUGGUAAUCAUAACUGCGUCUAUCUGCAUGACAUAAAUGGAGAACAUUACUGAUGAAUGUUAAUUGCUAUUUACUAUCAAAAGUAUUACAAUCCUCUCGCUCAGGCUACUUAAGAUAUUUCGGUGAUUUUCCAUUAUUCCGCAUUCACC